GACAGUCGCACUUUUAUUGACAUAAACACAUACGGCAAGUGGUCUGGCCGUGUCUCUGGCACAGAAAAAAAACAACAAAUUCGGCAAGCACGCUGCCAAUUCUCAAUUUGCAUAAGUUUUACGCUAUUUACGGUUUACUUUCAUUGUCUAUCCCAUCAAAUGCAGUUCCAACGAGUGUAAAGACCAAAUUUUAAUUGAUCGUAGUUUCUGUGAUUUUGUGUAACUUUUGCAAGAAGCUGCAACAGUGAUGUGAAUUCCAUCGAGAACGAAUCGUGUUUUUCAGCGCACCUAUUUUCAUCACUUUGUUCUUGGCGAAACGAUUAAAAAGGAUUUGUUUGGGUGUCUCUACUCAGUAAUCAGUGUAAUAAAGCAAGAUGAAAGCAUCUGGUCCAGCAAUCCCACUAAUCCUAGGAUUAUCCUUGCUCGGAGCUAGUGGGGCUUAUCUGUACAUGGUGUUUAAAAAAAGGCGUCCCAACUCGACAGGAAACUUGGUGGAUUUCUUUACCAGAAACCCAACCAAGCAGGAUCCGGUGGUAUCGGAAUUAAUAAUAUCAAACAGUCUUAUUCCGUUGGUAAUUGGUCGCAAGGGCUACACGUUGAAACAUAUCCAGCAAAGCACCGGCGCAGUGAUUCAUUUCAGUGUUUACGAUGACUCCAACCAACGGUGCCAGAUUCAGGGCCCAUCAGCUGUUGUCGUCGAAAAGGCUAAAGAAAUGAUACUGAAAGAAACGGCACGGCCACUUACGAUAACGGAGGAAGUGAUCGUACCACAGGUAGCCUGUGGGAAAAUACUUGGCCGGUGUGGUGACGAACUGCAGGAAAUUUGCCGUAAAUCGAUGGCCAAAGUGUGGCUUGAAGGUAACGCGAGAAGUGAAUCCGAACGGCGCGUAAUGAUAACAGGCACGGAAUCGCAAAUAAAAGUGGCAAAGGAGCUGAUCGCACAAAAGGUACAGGAGGACAGUGAAAGCAGAAAGUUACUCCUCGAUGCAACGCUACAGUCACGAGAGCCUCGCAUACGGACACCGCCAUCGAGCUCGGCCCCCACGCCAACACCGAGUGAUGGAAGAAAAAAAGCGCCCGCAACUUCUUCGAAAUCAAUUGUCGGAAGAGCAAGUUCCGCGAAUUUUGGGCCCGGCCAGAUGGAAAUCUUCGUAUCGACCAUUGUAUCGCCGAGCAAGUUUUAUGUGCAGUUGGUCGGUCCGCAGUCGCUAGAGUUGGAUUUGCUCGUCCAAACUAUGACUUUGUAUUACAACCAGAGCCAGAACCGUCAGCAGCUGGAAAAACUUUCCCUUGGACAGAUAGUAGCAGCCGAGUUCAAUGCCGACAAUAAAUGGUACCGGGCAGAAAUAAACGCUUUUCUGCCUAACGAAUACAAACCCGGCGAGAUGGUUCUUGAUCUAUUCUUUGUCGAUUAUGGAGACAAUCAGUAUACGAACCCGAAGGAAGUGUAUCAACUAAAUCCAGAAUUUCUGGCACCACGAUUCCAAGCGAUAGAAUGUUUCCUAGCAAAGGUGGAACCGGCCCAACAAUCCAACCCAGUGCCCUCAUCGUCCGCCGAUGGAGAAGACGAAUGGGAUCCGAUGGCUGUAACCAGAUUCGAAGAACUAACGCACGUGGCUCAAUGGAAAAAGAUUAUUUCAAAAAUCGUCACAUACCGAAACAACAAAAGUCCUCUGCAUGGGCGCGAAUCAUCACCCAUUCCGGGCGUGGAACUGUACGACAUAGCGCCCAACGGUACGGAUCUCAUCAACAUAGGGCAAGAGUUGAUUGCUGAAGGAUUGGCACGUCAUUCGACUUACGAUAGAACGGAUGAGCUAUCGCGUAGUCAACUUUAUCGGUUGGGUUUGACGAAUGGUUCAGAUGCGGGCAGUUCGUCUCAAUCGUCAAGUAUCGAUAAGGUGGAUGAUAUAAGUGCGUCUAGCAGUACCUCCGCCUCGACGGUAGUAUCAUCCGGGAAAUAUAUAAGUGAACCCAGCAAAAACGAACAACAGCAGCAGGUGCAGUACAGAAGUUUGGCUAAUGGAACACAUUAAACAGCAGCAAUGCAACUAGCGUACGGUCGAACGAUGUGUCAGGUGAAGAUUAUAAUAUUAAGCAUCAAAUAAUAAUGAUUGUACCCUUAUGCUUAGCAAAAUCCCACAAUACUACACACCACAAGCGACGCUAAAAUAAUUAGAAUAUGUUUCGCCGUGCAAUAAAAGCGGACGCAAAUUUACUUGCCCAGUUUUUUAGUUCCUUUUGUUCUAGCGUUCACUAUGUACUUAGGACAGACGUUCGUGCUCGUAAUUGAUGCUUUAAAAGUCGUUCUAGUUAAGUUUUAUAACAGUUGUACCAUUAUCAGGUUUAGCAUUAAACGAAUUUUAUUUGAAAGUUGCGUGAAACAAAAACUAAAGCAUUGCUAUCAUUGGAGAGGCUGUGCACGUUGUAGAUCCAUGGAGAACAAGCUAUAUUAUAAUACAAUCAAGUUAUAUCAAUAAUUGAUGAACAAGAGCUACAAUAAUCUAGACAAAACAAAUGUGAUGUGCGUUUCUAGAAGAAACUGUGUGUACAGUAUGAUUUAGAACAGUACAUAAUGCGCGAUCGAGUAAAGCAAUAGACAGCGUGCUUAACUUCAUAUCUAUCAGUAGAGUGAAAUGAGAUUGAUAAAAGAAGGUUUUCACAGUUUAUCUCAUGAAGAGGUGCCAACGUUUGGAAAUAAAGAAAGGAUCUUAUGUAUGGUUAAAACAGGUAACAAAGUGAUGAAGGUAAAACAUGAUUGCUGAUUGGCUGGUAGUAUUGUAUAAUAAAAUGAAGCUAAAUAGCAUUUACCAAUUCCCUAUGCCUUCAUAAGCACAAUGUAUUGCGGUUUAAUACUGUCUACCUUUAUCUUUUACUUACCGGUCAUUGUAUUUGAGAGAGUUUUUAAACUAUGUACGUUUUUAAAAUGGUCCAUACGUCCAGGUAUUUAUAAAUGUAUAAAACACAUUUAAUGCUCAGAGUGGACGAAGGAAAACAAAAUAAUUUUCAUAGAAGUGCGGUGAUUGAUACCCUGAAUGUGUUGUAUGUAAUGAAUAAAGUUUAAACAAUUUGAUAAUGUUAGUUAA